UAAAAAAAAUCUUGACGGGAAAAAAAAAAAGAACAACUGAUCAAAUCAAAUUUAACGAAUAAAAUGUCUAGUUCUGUCCACCAAGUUCAAGAUGGUUCUCUUAAAAGUGGGACUCGAUCAAAUGAUUGAGGUGUAAAAUAUAAAUUAGAGAUGUGACAGCACUAUCAUGAAAUAAGGAGGACAAUCUAAGUGGGUCCUCCAACGUAUCUUUGUACACCUUCAUUUGUCAAUGCUCUUUCAAGUCAUCAUUCGGACAAAAUCUUUUAGGGACAUUGCAAGUGCUGUGUUGUGUUCAGAUACUAGACUACCUUGAUGUAUAGUAUAGGCAUGUUUUCUCUAUUCAACUUUUUGCAAUUUAAACAAAUACUCUCUUCAUUUGACGAGUUUUUGUUAUUUGCAUACAUAUUAAAAAAUUAUUUUUUCUAAACAAAAAAUAUUAAAAUAUAAUUUAAAACUAAUUUAUUUAAUUAUAAACAAAAAUAAUAAAACACAAUUAGGUAAACAAUUUUUGAUAAAGUUAAAGUUACCUAGAUAUGUGAAAACAUCAUCUAUUGUGAAACAAAAAUAAUCAUCUAAAAUAUCAUCUAUAUUGAAACGGAAGGAAUACAGUCUAAAAACAGUUAAUUUUAAAAUAAUUCUUGUACACGCAGCCUUUCAUUCCUGUGGACCGACGCUUGCCAUGUCUAUGCAUCUAAAUGGUCGUUUAGGGCAUCUCUAACUUUACUACAUUUUUUUCCUCUAAAAUAGAGUAAAAGUAAUUAUGGAGUAAACAAUGUUCCAAUCCAACUACAUAUUUCACUUCAUAAUAGAGUUUUACUCCAUAAAUAGAGUAAUCUAUUUUUUGUUUGUUAAUCACUUUAUUAUGGAGUGGAAAAUAUAGCUGGAUUGAAGUAUUUUUAUUUGAUAUUCGCUUUUACUCUAUUUUAAAGAAAAAAAUAGAGUAUAAUAGAGUAUUAUAUUGGAGAUGCUCUUACAUGUUUCUCAAGUGAUCUUGGCAUCUUUCAACCAUGUUAUAGCAUCAUCCUAUACACAUUCAAUUUCUCGUUAUUACACAACGACUUACUUAUACAGAACUGUUAAAGAAAACAAAGAAGAAGAUCAAACAACAAAUGUAUUUGACCUAAUAAAAAAAACUCCUGAGUAACAACAAAAGACGAAAAAGACAAUACACACAAAAAAAGAGACACACUUGACGACAAAAGCAUAUCAAAAGAUAGUUACUUUGGCUAGCCACUACUUGCUUAAACAAUUACUCACUUCCCUCUCUCUCUCUCUCUCUCUCUGCAAUGUCACAGCCUCUCACAACAGUCGCCGGAAUCUCUUUCCGGCAUCCACCGCCGCUCUGUUCUUUCCUCUUCGUCAUAGUCCUCCUCGUAGCCACUUUCUACACUCUCCACCACCCAGACGCCACUCCUCCUCACCUCUUCUCCCCAAACACACACAACUCCCUCACUCUCCGCCGCCUCUUCCUCUCCUCCGCCUCCAACGCCACCGUCUCCUCUUACCUCCACUCCUUAACCCGUCACCCUCACCUCGCCGGAACAAAACCCUCUUUAGACACACUCACGUACGUCCUAACCCACUUCCAAAGUCUCCGUCUUGACGACACCCGCGUCGCCGACUACGAAGCUCUCCUCUCUUAUCCUACGCACAUCUCCGUCACGGCGCGUUUUAGCAACAACACAACGGUAGAGUUCGACUUAAACGACGACGUUUCCUCCUCCUCCGACGUCGUUACGCCUUACCACGCUUACUCGCCGUCUGGCUCCGCGCAGGGUAGCGUCGUCUUCGUGAACCACGGCGAGGAGAGAGACUACCGCGCGCUUGAGAUGAUCGGAGUGAGCGUUAGAGGCUGUUUGGUUUUAGCGAGAAAGGGGGAGACUUUGGGGAGAGGAGUGAUUGUGAAGAUAGCAGAGACUCAAGGUGCUCUCGGCGUCUUGAUAUACGACGAGAACGACGGUGGUGGGCUCGGGGGGAUCGAGAGAGGUACGGUGAUGAGAGGAAUCGGAGACCCGGUUAGUCCGGGUUGGCCCGGAGUAACCGGAGGAGAGAAGUUAAGCGUGGAUGAUGAUCGCGUCUCUCGGAGAUUCCCGAAGAUUCCAUCUUUGCCUCUGUCUCUCAACAAUGCAGAGAUCUUAUUGGCUUCUCUGGGCGGCGCUAGAGCUCCGGUGGAGUGGAGAUCCGGUCGGGUCGGGUCAAGUCAACGGGUUGGCCCGGGACGGGUUGUUGUAAACAUGACGUUACAGGUAAAACCGUUAUGUCUUUUUCUUGGUUUUGACUUUUUUUUUUUUGUUUUUGUAGUGAAACGUCUUUGGUUUUGUAAUUUGAAGGGGGAGAUGAAGAUGAAGAAGAUUCACAAUGUUGUGGCGACAAUAAGAGGUAGUGAGGAACCGGACCGGUUUGUGAUACUCGGGAACCAUAGAGACGCAUGGACUUAUGGAGCUGUUGAUCCAAACAGUGGAACUUCUGCUUUACUUGACAUUGGUCGAAGAUUUGCUCUUUUGCUUGAAUCUGGCUGGAGACCACGUAGGACCAUUCUCCUUUGUAGUUGGGAUGCUGAAGAGUUCGGAAUGAUUGGAUCAACAGAAUGGGUUGAAGAACAUGUUCUUAAUUUAGGUGCAAGUGCUGUUGCUUAUCUUAAUGUUGAUUGUGCGGUCCAAGGCUCUGGAUUUUUUGCUGGUGCAACUCCUCAACUAGACAGUGUUCUUGUAGAUGCCUUGAAGCUGGUCCAAGAUCCUGAUGAUGUAACUUUGACAGUUGAAGAGACAUUCAAGUCUCAGAAUAACAUUAUAGAGAGGCUAAGUAGAGUGGAUUCUGAUUUUUCCGGUUUUCUUCAUCAUGCUGGGAUACCGUCUAUAGACAUGUACUAUGGAGCAGAUUAUCCUGUCUACCACACUGCUUUUGACUCCUAUGAUUGGAUGAUCCGCAAUGCUGAUCCAUUGUUUCAUCGUCAUGUUGCAAUGGCUGGAAUUUGGGGGCUGUUGGGUAUCAUCUUGGCUGAUGAGCCAGUCUUACCGUUUGAUUACAUCUCUUAUGCAGAACAGUUGCAGGCACAUAGAGAUGCACUGAGCAAGCUCUUAGAAGGGAAAGUCUCUAUUGAUCCUUUAAGCGUGGCGAUACAAGAGUUCUCUUUAGUAGCUAAAGAAGUUGCAGAUGAAGCAAAGAAGUUAAAGGAAGGAGCAUACCGCAAAAAUGAUGUUGCAGCAGCUGCCAGGAGAAGAGAGCUAAAUGACAGGAUGAUGCUUGCAGAAAGAGGGUUCUUGGAUUCAGAAGGGAUCAAAGGGAAAGAAUGGUUCAAGCAUCUUGUGUAUGGACCUGCAGCAGAACCAGAGAGCAAGCUAGGUUUUUUCCCAGGAAUAACAGAUGCUAUUGCAACAAACUCAUCAGAGGGAACAAUCAAGCAUGAGAUAUGGAGAGUCGCAAGGGCUAUUCAGAGAGCAAGCAAAGCUCUUAAAGGAGGGUUCACAUGAGUAAAAUUUUCAAAGACUUCUCUUCUGUAUAUAUAUUGUGUCUGUAGAUUGUAGAAGCAGAACCUCUUACCUUUGAUGUAAACAAAAUAACUGUCAUAUUCAACACAUGUUCAGGACUUAUGGAAUCUUGGUAUUCAACCACUUUAAUUCUCAUACAGUUA